UAUUCAAUCAAUAGGUACGUGAUUAUAGUACUGUAAGUAUAAUUUAUUGUUAUAUUAUUUUUUGAACGUGUGUAUCUAGGUCAUACGUUUGUAACAUUUCUAUAGUGACUAUCGGAUAUUAUUUAAAUUUAUUUAAAAACCAUAGUGGUUAUAAUCAAGACGGUUCGAAAUUUACAUCUUAAAAUUUUAAAAAUCUUCACUUGGCACAAUACAAAUGGCAUCUAUUAGGAAAAUUUUACCACCGCAGCCGCACUAUCUGACCGGAUACACGGGAUUCGUGCCCGGCUUAAAGUUCCACUGCGGCGAGACAUAUGGCAGGCUGACGAACACUUUGUUUUUGGACCAGAGGAUAAAACGAUCAAAAAAAUUGGUGUUGCUCGAGUUGGGUAAGCCCCAUGAGGAAUGGGUGUCAAAAGAAGACAAGGAAGCUCUGCAGAACCGGUGUCACGACAAUAAGGAAUGCAGGUACACGGAGGACAUGGUGAUCGGCUACACUGGACACGUACCCCAAUACAGAUUCCAGGACGGACACAAGUAAACAUAAUUACUCGUUGACGAUUGUGGAAACUAGAACAACUUGAUUAUUACUAUCCGAGAGUAAUUAUUCAACAAUGCGUUUCAUCGAAAGCAGUAUAUAAUAGGUUUCAUUGAUUUAAAGCAUAACGCUGUUGAAUUAUCAUUACAUCAUAACUCAAGCCGAAAACUCGUUUUGCGCAUGUAAUACACAUACCAGGGAGAAGGGGAGAAUUGUAACUCUAUAUUUCGAACAAUCAGUAUUAGUUUAAUAAAUGAGAGUCGUGUGAUUUCGGACAUUUUUGUAAAUUGCACACCGUUAUCAUAGAAUAUCAUAGUGAAUGCAGAUUUUAGUAUAUCUAAUACAUAUUGGUAAAAAUUACAUAUGGAUAAUAUACACCAGAUUUCCUGUGAAUGCAGCAAUUGGGAUAUGUAAGUUUAUGGAAAAGAAAAAUACGUGUUUAUGUCCUGAUUGUAAACCUUUGAACACCGAGGAAAAUGGAAAUGAAAUAAUCAAGACAAACGAAGACGACACCACAAAUACUCAUACUCGUCCAUCUAAAGAGGUAUAUCACACGUUUUAUUACGGCUCACUUAUAAUGUCGUAAUCAUUCUGAUCUGUAAACUUUUUAUUGUUCUAUAAACGUCCUAAUGUAUUUUUAUUCGUAUCCACAUUUCACUCGGAAUUUAUUAUCCUUAGCUUUUAAAGUCUUUUUCGUCCUUUCAUGUCGGCUGUCCUCGAUUUAAUUGAGUUCUAAUUAAGGUUUUUCCGAUUCAAACGAAGUACAUCUUUUAAAUAUUGUUGAUUAUUAUUUUUCACUAGCUUCAAUUUUUGAGACACGAGUUAUCCGAUAUAACUAUUGAUAUAAUUUUGAAAUGUAUUUGUACUAUUUAUUAUACAUUUAUAU